AUGGACGUUCCUUUAAAAAAGAAGACUAAUUACGCUCAACGUUACAGAAAAGAAUGGGAAAAUGACCCUGCAUUUAAAAAAUGGUUAAAACCAGUCAUUGGAAAUGAAUCCAAAGCUAUGUGUAUACAUUGUAAAAUUGAAUUUACAGCAAAGUUAUACGAAGUGAAGCGUCACUCUGAGUCGAAAAAACAUAUAGAAAAAUUUAAACCAUUCUCGACGGGCCAGACCACGAUAUCUAUACAAAAAGAAGCGGAAUUCAAAGGUAGUGUACAUAAUGCAGAAGCACUCCUUUCGCUCUACAUCGCAGAGCACGCAGCUGUUGUCCAAGUCGAUCAUCUUAGUCAAAUGUGUGCUAAAGCUUUUCCAGAUUCCAACGCUGCUUGUGCCAUGAAACUACAUCGUACUAAAUGUAGUGAAAUCAUAAGAAAUGUGCUAUCGCCCCAUUUUAAAUCGGCGCUAAGGGAGGAUAUUGGUGAUACCAACUACAGUCUUGAAAUUGAUGAGUCGACCGAUAUUUCUAUUCAAAAAUAUUUAGGCCUUGUAAUCAGGUACUAUAGCAGAUCUAUGGAAAAAAUUAAUACAACAUUUCUUUCAAUCACAGAAUUAGAGACUGCAGAUGCCAGAGGAAUUGUAAAUGGGAUCGUGAAAACUAUUCAAGACAUUGGUUUAAACCUUCAGAAAAUGGUAGGCCUGGGGACCGACAAUGCUAGUGUCAUGGUAGGAAUAAAUAAUGGCGUUUACCAAAUUUUAAAAGAAGAAUAUGGUCUAAAACACUUAGUUUUGGACAAACCAGUGAGUGACCCAACAAAACUGCUGAAAUCUUUAGUGAAAUUGUUAGAGGUCCUGUGCGAUAAAAUUGUGAUUCCUGGAAGACGACACUCCAUUGAUAUUUUCAAAGACAAUAUUGCCAAUUAUUUAGAUCCGAUGCCAUACCUUGGCUAUAACUUUGAAAAGAUAAUUGAAACUUACAGUUUAAACGAUAAAGAGAUGAUUAGAAAGCGUUGCAUUGAUUUCACCGUCAAACUGACUAAAGAAUUGCAGCAACGGCUUCCCGACAACAUACAGACACUUCAAAAUAUGAACAUUAUGAGCGUUGAUCAUGUAUUAAAACCAGACAAGGGCAUGGAAAUAAUUAAAUUAGCUGAACAUUUUGGAUUGAAUGGGGAUACAAUUGACAAAAUUCUUUCACAUUGGAAAAACAUACCAACUAACAAAUGGGAACACACUAAUGACACCGUAAAAUUUUGGCACAAAGUAUCGCAAUAUAAAGAUGCAGGUAAUGAUAAUCCGUAUCAAGAACUUUGCUCAUUGGCAUUUAUUAUGCUCGUAUUGCCACACUCAAACGCAGAUGUUGAAAGGGUAUUCAGCACAAUGAACGUAAUUAAAAAUAAAUUACGAAAUAGAAUGAACUUUGACACAUUAAAUUCUAUAUUACAUAUACGAUUUGGUCUUAUAAAAUUCGGACAAACUUGCUACACAUAUAUCCCAAUAGAUGUCUUAAAAAAGAUUGGAUCUAAAGAAAAAUAUAAAUUUAUUUUGAACAAGGCCCCUGCUAGUACUAAUAAUCCUCUUCAACCAUCAACUUCGCAAAGUACAAGUGAGUUUUACGGCGAAGAAUCCUCCUCCGAUGAGGAGAUUGAGUUU